AUGACCCACUGGUUCAAUCGUAACCCUCUCAAGGGCACGGCGCCGGUCUCCUUAUAUCUCGGCGUCGCCUCCACCCCUGCAGCCUCAAAGAUAUGCAGUGAUUUACGAACAUCAAGAGCGCGACUCCUGGAACUCUUCACAGACCCGACCUGUAACCCCGAGAUGAUGAAGAACGCCUCGGAUGUGUACUUUUCUCUGCUACUGGGCUUCAUUAAUUCACUGGAUGGAGGAACUCAAGACAAUAAGCUGCGCUACAUCCAGAACUUCAAAUGGACGGACACCCUGCAGGGCAACGUGCCCAGUGCUCAACAAGAUGCCGUUUUUGAGUUGAUUUCAAUGGGCUUUAACCUGGGUCUUUGGUACAGCAAGUAUGCUUCACGGCUGGCUGGGAAGGAAGACAUUACGGAAGAUGAGGCCAAAGAGGUUCACAAGAGCCAGAAGAUUGCAGCUGGCAUUUUCAGCCAUUUGAAGGAGAGUCACAUUCCUAAACUCAUCUCCCCAGUGGAGAAAGGACGAGAUUUAGAAAGUCGGGUGAUUGAUGCUUAUAUCAUCCAGUGCCAGGCCGAAGCACAGGAAGUGACCAUCGCUCGGGCUAUUGAACUGAAGCACAACCCUGGUCUGAUAGCAGCUUUGGCCUACGAAACAGCAAACUUCUACCAAAGAGUAGAUCACACGCUCAUCAGUCUGGAUCCGGUGUACGUAGCAAAGUGGAGAAGUUACACCCAACUGAAGAUGUGUUUUUAUAUGGCUUACGCCUUCUGUUACCACGGUCAGACUCUCCUGGCCAGCGACAAGUGCGGAGAAGCCAUAAGGUCCCUGCAGGAAUCUGAGAAAUUUUUUGGCAAGGCUGAAGCUUUGUGUAAGGAAUAUGGUCAAACCAAAGGCCCAGGAACCACAGCUAAGCCCUCGGGACACCUCUUCUUCAGGAAACUGGGAACCCAGGUGAAGAACACCCUAGAGAAAUGUCAGCGGGAGAAUGGCUUCAUCUAUUUUCAGAAGGUUCCUCCAGAGGCACCAGAGUUGGAAUUAAAAGCAAAUUAUGGUCUGGUACAGCCCGUGCCUUUUGAGUUCCCAGCUAUGAGCCCGCAGUGGACCCCAGAGACGCAGGCGGGAUUCGACCUUACAAAAAGGCCAAAGGACGACAGUGCCAAACCCAAGAAAGAAGAGGAGGUGAAGCCUAUGAAGGAACCGGACAUAAAGCCCCAGAAGGACAGCGGCUGUCAGAUCUCCUAACACACCACAGAAUUAUAAAACGCCCAAAUCCCAACCACUCCUGACUCCUUCCCCCGGAGAGACUCCCCGCCUGUACUCCUGGAGGUGUGGAGAUUACAACCGGGUCUCGAGUUAAAGAAACGAGACCCUCAGACCCCUUUUCUGGAUACAGGACUUGGACGUGGUCUCUCCACCCAUCGUGGGUAUAGAUAAGCACCUUACCUGAUAUAUGGGUGUUCUUCUCCUCGACCCUUGAGGGGGUGAACCUCUCUAUAUAUCCAGAACUGACACGUCUACAGCCAUAACCCUUCACUAACCUCAUUUAGCGGAGUAAGCAGAAGCUGCUGUGUGUAAUUACAAUCAAUUGUGAGAGGGGCCGGUGUAUACUGUAUCGUCACAUUACUAAAUGUAAAGAGGAUCUCCUCUCUCCAGCCAGGUCUGUUUUAGGAAAUAUUUGCAUUCCCCUUUACAUAAGAAAAAAAAAAUCAGGUACAUGUUUGUGAUGUUCCUCUGUUGUUCUUCCUAGAAAUGUAAGAAUAAACUGACAACUGGAUGUUACCAUU